AUGGAAGUAAAGGAAAACGAAGCGGCUCACUGCAGCAGCAGCAGCAGCAGCAGCAGCAGCAGCAGCAGCAGCAGCUCAGUAGACGGGAGUGAAGAGGCAGUUGGGGUCUUGGGAGCCGCAGCCGUAGGCGUGGGGAGCAGCAGCUUUGGCAGCAAAAGGCGGGCCCCAACUGCAGCAGCAGCAGCAGCAGCAGCAGCAGCAGCAGCAGCAGCAGCAGCAGCAGCAGCAGCAGCAGCGGCGGCGGCGGCGGCGGCGGAGGCGGCAGCAGAGGCAGCAGGGACACGGGGAAAACGGCGGUCUCAGCGCGCAGCUAAGCCCGAAGCGCUGUCUUCCAAACUGCCCCUCGUGAAGCGCCACCUGGAGGCCUUCGCAGUCACUAUUCUCGCAGUGGUACCCUAA